UCGGACUUUCAGUGGGCGGAGCUCUGCCCGUUCACCUGCAGUGACGCGGAGCCGGUAAAGUUUCCCUAUUAAUGCUAACGUUAACUUUACCUUGUGUCGGGGCCGCUCCGUGGACUGGAUAAACUAGAUACUUACUACUGAGAUGUGGAAGCAUGGACGUCUGCCAUGUGGAAGAUCCUGGACUGUACCACAGCAGCAGCAGACAAAAACAUCUCCAAUCGCUGAGCAGUUUCCUCUGCUCAUCAUCACACGUCGUGGUGGGCUGGAGCCAGUGUCUGCUGACAGUUGGCGAGAGGCGGAUCCACGCUGGACGCAAGUCGCCAUUUGAUCUCAGGGCUGACACACAGACGGACAACCAUUCACGCUCACGCUCACGCCUUCCAUCAAAAUCUGAAUUAUUAGUUUAGACAGUAAAGCCAAAGUGAAUCAGGGUGCUACUGUUUGGCAACCCUCACUCUCACACACACACAUACAGAACACACAAACUCUGCAGAGGAGCGUAGUUGGUCUACUUUUCUGGUGCUGAAGAACUUGACAUUUUGCCUUCAUGGAGGAUUACCACAAACCGGACCAGCAGACAGUGCAGGCGCUGAGGAACAGCGCCAACCGCCUCCGAAUCAACUGCAUCAAGGCAACAACUGCAGCGGGCAGUGGACACCCCACAUCAUGCUGCAGUGUGGCAGAAAUCAUGUCUGUGCUUUACUUCCACACCAUGAGGUACCGCCCUGAAGACCCGAGGAACUUCAACAGCGACCGUUUCGUCCUGUCCAAGGGUCACGCUGCUCCGGCCCUGUACGCCAUGUGGGUUGAAACAGGCUUCCUGAAGGAGAGCGAGAUGCUCAGAUUGUGCCAGGUUGACUCUGCCCUGGAGGGCCACCCAGCUCCUAAGCAGCAAAUUGUGGAUGUUACCACUGGCUCACUGGGGCAGGGUCUUGGUGUGGCCUGUGGAAUGGCUUACACCGGGAAAUACUUUGACAAGUCCAGUUACCGUGUGUUCUGCCUGCUGGGGGAUGGUGAGAUGUCGGAGGGUGCUGUCUGGGAGGCCAUGGCGUUCGCUUCCUACUACCAGCUUGACAACCUGGUGGCCAUCAUGGACAUCAACCGUCUGGGCCAGAGCGACCCUGCGCCGCUGCAGCAUCACGUGGAGAAAUAUCAGAAACGCUGCGAAGCUUUCGGCUGGCAUGCCAUCGUUGUCGAUGGGCACAGUGUGGAGGAGCUUUGCAAGGCUCUGAGCCAACCACGUCAUCAGCCCACUGCCAUCAUUGCUAAAACCAUCAAGGGCAAAGGCAUUCCAGAUGCGGAGGAUAAGCUGGGCUGGCAUGCCAAACCUCUGCCCAAAGACAUGGCCGAGAUGGUUAUAAAGGAUCUGCAGAGCCGCAUCAUGAACAGCAGCAAGCACCUGUACCCUCCCGCUCCCAUCGAGGACUCCCCGCCCGUCAGCCUGAGGAACAUCAGGAUGCCGAGCGCACCCAGCUACAAGCUCGGUGAAAAGAUUUCCACACGGAAGGCUUAUGGGAUGGCUUUGGCCAAGUUAGGCCGCUACAAUGAUCGUGUGGUGGUCCUUGAUGGAGACACCAACAACCUCACCUUCUCAGAGAUCUUCAAGAAUGAGCAUCCCAACCGCUUUGUGGAGUGCUACAUCGCUCAGCAGAACAUGGUCAGUGUUUCCAUGGGAUGUGCUGCCCGUGAGAGGAACGUUGUGUUUGCUAGCACCCUGGCUUCCUUUUUCACCCGCGCCUAUGACCAGCUCCGCAUGGCAGCAAUCUCAGAAAGUAACAUCAACCUGUGCGGCUCCCACUGCGGCCUGUCCACCGGAGAGGAAGGUCCCUCUCUGAUGGGUCUGGAGGACGUGGCGAUGUUCAGGGCCCUUCCCACAGCCACCAUUUUCUAUCCCUGUGACGGUGUGUCUAUAGAGAAGGCUGUGGAACUGGCUGCUAGCACAAAGGGUGUGUGCUACAUCCGAACCAGCCGCCAAGACAGCAGCAUCAUCUAUAACAGCAGCGAGGACUUCCAUGUUGGACAGGCUAAGGUGGUGUACCAGAGCAAAGAGGACCAGGUGACCGUGGUGGCUGCUGGAGUGACUUUGCAUGAGGCCCUGGCUGCAGCAGAACAUUUAAAGAAAGAGAGGAUCUCUGUCAGGGUCAUUGACCCCUUCACAAUCAAACCACUAGAUGUCAAAACCAUCAUGGACCACACACGUGCCACCAGGGGACGAGUCCUUACCGUGGAAGACCACUACUACGAAGGUGGUCUUGGAGAGGCAGUGGCCUCAUCGAUGGUCAAUGAGUCUGGCUUCAAUCUGCAUCGUCUGGCGGUGUCCCACGUCCCCCGCAGCGGCAAACCACACGAGCUGCUGAAGAUCUACGGUAUCGACCGUGACGCCAUCGCCCAGGCCGUCCGCAAGAUGCUCAGCAGCUCCACCAACGCCAAGUAA